CUUUUUUUUAGCAUGCUAGCCAGAUAGACUUGAAUGAGCUGGAAAACCAAAAUUAUCUCAACUCAAAAUUAUUUAUUGCAAACUAAAGGCCAUAAACUUGUGUGGUCCAAUAUGUCUUCUUUUAUAUAAAGUCCUACCUUCUACAACCCUUUUCUUUAUGUGUGAUUUCUUUACUUCCAUUUUUAGAAUUGCAAUGGAUAAAUCAAAACUUCUGCCAUUUCUUUCUGUUAUAAUUAUACUUGUUCUACAUGUUUCUAAUUCUCAUGCAGCCUCAUCAAGUGAGUCCAUUUAUGAAACUUUUCUUCAAUGUCUUAAGAGCCACACAACACCACAAGAUCAAGUUUCCAACAUAGUCUAUGCCCAAACCAAUGCAUCAUACACAUCUAUUUUUCAAGCCUUUGCUAGAAAUGCAAGGUUCAACACCCCUUCCACCACAAAACCAUUACUUAUCAUCACCCCUCUGCAUGAAAACCAAGUACAGGCCACUGUACUUUGCUCCAAAACCACUGGUCUUCAUCUCAAAAUUAGAAGCGGAGGCCAUGAUUUUGAAGGUAUUUCAUAUAUCUCUGACUUGCCCUUUAUUAUCAUUGACAUGUUUAAUUUUCAAAACAUUACCGUUGAUAUACAAAACGAGAUCGCUGUGGUUCAAACCGCUGCGAGUCUUGGACAAGUCUAUUAUCGGAUAUGGGAAAAGAGUAAAGUUCAUGGCUUUCCUGCUGGCGUUUGUCCAACUGUUGGUGUUGGUGGACACUUGAGUGGAGGAGGUUAUGGUAACUUGAUGAGAAAAUAUGGUUUAUCUAGUGAUAAUGUUAUUGAUGCUAAAAUUGUUGAUGUCAAUGGUAGAAUUCUUGACAGGAAAACUAUGGGGGAAGAUCUGUUUUGGGCUAUUAGAGGUGGUGGAGGAGCAAGUUUUGGUGUCAUCUUAUCAUACACUGUUAAACUUGUUUCAGUACCCGAAAAGGUUACAGUUUUUACAGUUGACAAGAGUUUGGAGCAAAAUGUUCUUGAUAUUAUUGUCCAAUGGCAACAAGUUGCGCCACGAACCGACGACAGACUUUUCAUGAGACUACUUUUGCAGCCUGUGAAUUCAAAGGUUGUGAAAGGUCAGAAAACCAUAAGAACUUCAGUUCAAGGUUUGUUUCUUGGAGGUACUGAUGAACUUGUGACAUUAUUAGGGAAGGAGUUUCCUUUGUUGGGACUAAAGAAGGAAAAUUGUGCUGAAAUGAGUUGGAUUGAAUCUGUGUUUAAUUGGGCUAAUUACAAUGAUGGUUCUUCUAUAAAUAAUAUGUAUCAAUGUGAGAUGACAAUUACGUAUUGGAGUUACUAUCGAUGGAUUCUCGUUGAGGGUAUCCUUGCCAGAUCGGUAGUCACGAGAGAUGGAUUCUCAUUGAAGAGAUCGAUGAGAAAUUAGAUUAUCACUGAAGAGAUCCUUACGGCCCUUUGUGGGCUAUUAAAUGUUGGAUUAUUAUUGAUGGUCAGAGGACAACAGUCACAUUUUUAGAGUAUGGAGGCUCACAUAACAAAUUCAUUUAAGUUGGGGCGAGAAACGUCAGCAUACUAUUCUCUACAUGUUUAACCCUUCCGCUAGUGGCAAAACUAUAUCUUGGGAAUUUAUAUGUAAAUUAGAUGUGACAAUCAUACUGAUUAAGGGUUUUGGACCAAGUAAGGUUUUCUGUUAUGUAUGUCAUUUUCCAAACAAUAAUAAUA